UGGAUUGCACCUGGCUAGGCUGCAGGAUACUGUAUUCUGGAAAAGUGAAAAUGAUUCAACCUUAGCUUGGCAAAUAUAUUACACAUUUUUCCUCAAUCUUGCUCAUCGUUCUAUUUUGUGCCAAAAACAUAAAUGCCAUUUGAAUCGUCUUUAGCUAGUACAGUACUUUCGUUCGGUCACGUUUCCAGUAUGCGAGCGCAAGGCGGCUAAUUAGAACGAGAAGGCAGGGGUGGGGGGAAGUGUACUCUGCCAAUCAGACGUAGUUACUAGGCGGGCCUGAAAUUUCAUUCGACCAAUCAAGGUUCUCCCACCUGACGACCGUCAAUCAGCUGAGCCUCUUUCGGGUAGGUUCUACAAUGUUGUAGCCAAAGUUUUGAACGGUAGUUCUUCAGUUAGCUAACAGCUAGUUCGAUGCCUGCAAUAGAGGAGUUUGUCCAGGAAUGGCUAUACUUUUGGCAAGCAUAUUUCGACUUUCAAAGUCAGAGGAUUUUAUAAUACGGCCUGUUAGCAUAGCUAACAGUAUAUUUAUUGCUAGCUAGAUGUAUUUUAGAUCUUAGCAGCCUGUCUCAGUUUUCCUACUUUGCUGUGGCGAGAAAUUGAACUAGAUAGUUAGUACAACACAACAUGAUAUGGGCCAACGUGAUAUUGUAUCCUACGAGACGUCGGUGAGAAGAAAAAGCAGAAUUCGAACUGCCUCAACAAUGUGUCGUUUGGAUGUGGAGUGUGCCGUGAAAGGACCUGAACAACAUGGAAAUGCCAUCCCUUCGUCAAGGUACAUGGUGGGCCGUGGGGUGAAACGUAAGCUUAGUGACUGUGAGGAUCAGAUGCUGGACCUGCCCUACCCCCAGCAGAGGCAGUUGGUGCUGGACCUGUGCCUGGAUAAACUCCAGAGUUGCCAGCGCCGAGCUGAACCCAGCCUGCACCGCUCGGUGUUGCUGGCUAACACUCUGCGCCAGAUUCAACGGGAGAUGAGGCAGGAGGGAGGCCCGCAUCCUGAGUCCUCCCCUCCAUCCCCCGCCACACCGCGCCACUCCCCGGAUCUGCCGCCCGUGCCCUCGGACCGUCCCUCCACCCCAGUGGCCGCGCUCUCAUCCUCACUGCUGUGUGACGACGCACAGUCAACCUGCACAGAGCUCCCCAAGGGACCGGGGUCGGAGGACGGCGGCAAGUCGCCGGAUCUGAUGUUUGGAUCCUUUGAAAUAACCAACUCCACCAGCUACUUGACGGACCUGCAGCUGGAUGACAUUUUUGAGGACAUUGAUACAUCUAUGUACGACCCGUCAGACUUCUCUGUUCUGGCCUGCCCGCCUCCCAGAGGGAGCAGCGGAGCCUCCUUGGGGAAUGACUAUAACCUCAAGGCAUUCUCCACCUGCACCACCUCCAGCAGCACUCUGCAGAUGUGUCUCAACGACCUCGACCACAUCAUGGAGAUCCUGGUGCGCUCUUGACUGAUUGGCGCCACGUCGUAGUCACAACUGCCCAGCAUUUUAUGAGCUGGGGGUGGGAAGAAUGACUUGAUUUUUUUAUUGUCUCUAUUUUCAUACAGAGAACUUGUUAUAUUUAUACAAAAAGACUGGAUACCUGCCUGAUACACUUCUACUGUAUGAUAAUGCACAUUUUUGGUGGCCCGCUGAGGCCAUCUUUCCUAUAGCAAGAUGAAAUUAAUAUGCAGGGACUUAAAGCAAGAAACACAAGUAUUACCAUUGAGACAUAUUUAUACUGGAUUGUUAUUCACCAGUGCAUUCUUCGCGGGGGGAGGAAUGACAACCUGUGGAACAAGGUGAUGAAAAGAACAUUGGGGGUGGAUUCCAUUAAGUAUUUCUGGAGCAUUACAAUAAUUUAUCAAGAAUUGAUAUGAGAUAGGAAUUAUUCAAUACUCACUACCUCUCUCUAAAACUAAGAGCUCUGUCUCACUAUUCAAAGAGAUUCAUGAACUCGCCGCUUCACUAAUUUUGUAUUUCGAUUGGUCUUGUUCCUUUAACAUAGAAAACUGGUGAUUGUCAAUAAUGCAGAUUUUUAACACCAGAAAGAAUGCCUUCCUGCCGAUAUGAAUCACAAAACAUAGCCGAUAAUUCCAUGUUACACUGAUGCCUUGUCCAUCCAUUUUGGUCAUUUUAAUCAGAUGGUAGCGGACAACAAAAUAAUCAGCACUAGAUUUUGAUGAAUAUUUGUUUUGAGAAUCUUGAGGAUAUUGCAUUGAUUACUUGGAAUGAUCUGUGUGUUUUUGUUAGACUCUAGAAUAGAAAAUGCAUGCAUUUCAGCAUUUAGUGGUUUGUCUCAUUGAAGAACUGUACAAUUUGAGUGCUAUGUAUUCUUUUUCUCCACUAACGGUUGUAAGAAAGAAAAAUGCAGAUGCCGUCGUAUCCCUCUAAAGAACAUAGUGCCUAUAACGGAGGAUGAGGACUGGUGAUGGUGGAACUGCCCACUGUGGACCCGCACAUGGACACUAGCCUAUGAGAAGGUGACAGCCUGUGAGUUAUUUCUCUAAGUAAUUUAUUUUUGAUGUGAUACUCAGUCCUGAAAAGAAGCCAUUCUGCCAGGUGUGGGCACAUCUGCUUUUAACCCUUCACACUCCCCUCGCCAAAGACUGACACUGCAAAAAAGAAGACCUUGGAUGUCGGUGCCUCGUGCUAUGGUCAAGACUACGGUGUCCUAAUGUUGAGUGAAACCGUCAGCCAUCCGGUAGAAUCCUCAUCCAACAUUUUGUUCUCUUGGAAUCGCCUUUUCUCUUACAACAGACUACAGGGUUGGACUCUACUCCCAAGAAAAUGCAAGUCAUGGAUACUGAUGUAGGAUCUUAAUUUGAUCUCUCUGUUUCAGGAUAACUUUUCUGCAAAUUGUAAUUGGGUCUUAAAACGGCUUAUGAAGUUUAAUUUCCACUUUGGAAUUUCAGACUUGAUUUUCCCUUAAGUAUCAACCCCUACAAAAAUGUCCAUGAAUUAUAAUUCACAAUUCUUGUUGACGCAGGAUUAUUUUGCUGCUGUCGUAAAUUACAAUCCUACAUGUGUAGGUAGUGAAAGGAGUUGCGUAACAAAAGGGAUGCCAGCUAGAGCCAUUCCAAAAGUUACAGGAUGCCAUAACUCUUAAGGCGCUGAUGGGACAUCCCCACUAUCUUUUAGCUCCUUCUGUCUAAGGGUCAUACCUGUGCUGAGGGACUGUCCUGCAUUGUUUGCAGGCGGUUUUCCCCCUGAGACUGGAGGGGGAGGGGCAGUAGCUCAUCAUGUGGAGACCCUUGCUUGUGGAAAAGGCUACACAGUUUCACAACAGCUGGUAUGUGUGUGUCUGUAUGCCAAGCUCUGUCCCCCAAAAGGGGCCCUCUUUUUCUGUCAGCCAAUAAGAAUGCUGAGGGAGGGGCUUUGUCAGCCUGUAUGAAAGUGAAUAACAAAUGUGAGCAGCUAGAUGCAGUUCCUUUUCUCACUGUGGUAUGUGUCCUCUUCCUUGGCUCUUUUCACUGUUUAUAACCAAGGGUUUACACAAUUUGACAACUUCUGUUGUCUGUUAGUUCAACACCGUGUAUCCACAAUUUAUCAUGAAUCAUAUGACUAAAACGGAAUUAUCUUGUGUCUGCAUUGAUCCACAUAUUCUGAAAUAGGCUGAUUUUUAGAUGAGAGAUUGGGACACAGGCUCCCGGACUCUGUGGUGAAGCUCUCAAAGUAAACAAGUCCCUGGUGUUGCUGCUCUGCCGUUGACACACAGACCCCUCCCGUCCUUCCAAAACCCCAGCACGACUGCACACAGACCCCACCCUAAGGACGGACUCGGCCUACCCUGAACAUCAUAACACAUGGUACAAUAAAACCAAGGAGGCUUAUUUAUCACACCAUCUGCAUUCUUCAGUGGGCCCUCACUGCUGAGAGCUGUGCAUCAAAUGUUGAGAAUUUCUAAGCUUUGUAAGCUUUUUUUCUUGUACAUAUUUGUAUUUAUACUUUUUCCUGUGUGAUUGUUUAUUUUGAUGACCGCAUUGACAUAAUAUAUUGCAUUUAUUUAAGUAACUGGUCUGGGGGUUUUGUAGCAGAGUUCAGGACCCAUUUUAUUUUCAUCGAAGAGGUAAUAUUGUGAAAACAUGUCUAAAUAUUUGUUGCAGAUCAUGAAGAGAUUGAUAUUUUAGAUGUAACUGGGCCUACCUUUCGUGUUCACGAUGGGAUUCUAACAAAGUCUAGAUGAAGAUUACUAUGGAUCAGGCAGUUGUAAAACUGGCAGCUUUUCACACUUUUCAGCCUGCAGACACUUAGUGAAGUUUAACCAAAAUAUGAAAUUGGCAGUACAAGUGGUACAUGUACGUUUGUAUAACCAAUCAAUAUCCCUGGAUUGAGCAAUGGAAUAGGCUAACGUGAUGGCCUGUCUAAUAUUCCGGCCAGUUAUGUAACUCACUAGCCCUCUGGUUCUUAGAAGAUGUUUUGGAGAUUUUUACCAAACGUGAAAGGACUGAAAUCCCACUUUCACUCGGCAGACUCCUUAACUAACAGUCUGAAUGCUUAAAAUUAAGUGUAGAAAGGAGUAAAUAAAGAUCUGUUAUAGCACAUCUUUAAGUAGCCUAAGUGUUCCAUUUACUUUUUUCAUGUCUUCUCUGCAGUUUGCAAGGAGUUGCACUCUGUAGGGUGUUGACAAACCAAUGUGAACUAAUACUGAUGUAGUUCUCUUGAUAAAGAACAAUGUCACAGAUCUAUUUGUUAAAGGACUUUUUAAUACUGAGAGGUCGACAAACACUUCACUUGGAAUGGUCUUACUAGAGUUGGAGCAUUACAGAACGAACGAGGUGGAGUCCAUCUUUGGGGUUUUUACCACCUGUGUGUGACCCUUCUGGAGUAAAGUUAUUUUCAAAAACAUUCUACUGAAAACCAGAAUGCUUCGGGAUUAUCACUUUUGUCCCAAGUGCAAUAUGAGUGUUUGUUGGUGAUCUAUAUUUAGUAGAAAUGUCUAACAUUUGUUUUUAUACUCUAUGCAAUACUAUAGCAAUUCAGUAAGUGAAUAAAAUGCAAAAGAGGAA